UAAAAAGAUCAACACUUUAUGUCGAACAAAAAGAGCAUUAAACAAAAAGAAAAUAUAUCUGUUGACAGCCGAUUGAACCUUUUGGAAACUAAUUUGAAUAGAGUUUGCAUGUAACAUGAUGCCUUGAUGCCCAUUGUCAAUGAAAUCCCUCAUGUCUAAAAACUUGAAUAACAAUUAAAAAUACUACUAAAAAAACAAGAGGAACUAGAAAAGAUCAGAGACAAAUCAAGAGAAACAUCAACCAACACAAGUUUCAGUGAUUUCAAAAGCAAUAGCCAAAACAAGCCAUACGAAAAACAGUUGAAUGAUUUGACAUUGAAGAUGAACUACUUGGAUAGUCAAUUACAGGAAUUGUAGAAGAAGAGUCAAGGAAGAGUCGAAUAGCAAUUCAGAAUGUUUUCAGAUACCCAAGAUAUCUAGAGAUUAGAAUAAUUUGUUACUGAAGAAUUGAAUAAUUUUAGAAGCGAAGUGUAAUUAGAAUACAAAAAUAUUUACAAAGAACUCAAUGGAUUAAGAUGCGACCUUGAAUAUAUUAUGAACAACACUAAGAAGAAUAAAGUCACCUAAAAGAUCCAGGCUAUGAAUGUCAGUCCGGACGAUAAACUCUUCGUCAUUAAUCUUUUGGAAUAGGAGACCAUCAUUGAAGAAUUAGAUCAUUACGAGAAUGAAAAUACUUUUAGAUUGUUAUAUGAAUUGGAUUAUUUCGAGUAAUAAAGGGAAUCAAUCUCAACAUUAGACCCACAGCAAACUCAAAGGGAAAGCUUAUAUCUAGAAGAAAAAUUAAUCUCUUUAAAAUAUUAAUUGGCUGCUUCAAAGAGAAAAUAUUUAUUUGAAAUUAAGAAAAUUGAACAUAAAUUUCAAGUGAUCAAUGAAAUUAUAGAAUAGAAUCAGAAAUACUUCAAUUAUUCAUAAUAAAUCCACAUUUUAACCUAGAGAAUGAGUAAGAUUGUUACCAGAGUCCAUCAAAAUAUAGAGUGCAUAUUUUAGAAGAUCAGUUCUUUAGACAAGAGAUGA